GUAUUUCCCUUGAAUCUUCAUACGUAUAUGUUGCUCAAGUUUUUGCUUGUAAUCGAAAAACAUAACCUGUAAUCAUACAGCUCUCCUGCACAGUUUACGUCAAUCUAGUCGCACGGGAGCGCGACGAAGCAACUUUUUUUAUUUUAGUAAUUAAAAGUUAAACUUUAUUAGUUUUUUAAUUUUACCAAAAUGCCGGAUCAUCUUGGAGAUGACAUGCGGAAAGUCAAAAGUGACGAAGAGAAGGAGGAAACAGACAUAAAACCCCUUGACGAGGGAGAUAUCGCCUUGCUGAAGACAUAUGGACAAGGCCAGUACACAAAAAGCAUAAAAACUGUUGAAGAGGACAUUCAAACAAUAAUAAAGCAAGUCAAUGAACUCACUGGAAUUAAAGAGUCAGACACGGGCCUUGCUCCACCUGCAUUAUGGGAUCUUGCAGCUGACAAGCAAACACUCCAAAAUGAGCAGCCCCUGCAAGUGGCUCGAUGCACUAAAAUCAUCAAUGCCGACUCUGAUGAUCCCAAAUACAUCAUCAAUGUGAAACAGUUUGCCAAGUUCGUUGUUGAUCUGGCCGACUCUGUAGCACCAACUGACAUAGAAGAAGGAAUGAGGGUAGGAGUCGAUCGGAACAAGUAUCAGAUUCAUAUUCCACUCCCUCCAAAAAUUGACCCUACUGUAACUAUGAUGCAAGUGGAGGAAAAGCCUGAUGUGACUUAUAGUGAUGUUGGUGGGUGCAAGGAUCAAAUAGAAAAACUUAGGGAGGUUGUGGAGACUCCAUUGUUACAUCCAGAAAAGUUUGUAAACUUGGGUAUUGAACCACCCAAGGGUGUACUACUGUUUGGCCCACCUGGUACUGGCAAAACCUUAUGUGCAAGGGCAGUAGCAAACAGAACGGAUGCCUGCUUCAUUCGUGUGAUUGGUUCUGAAUUAGUCCAAAAAUAUGUUGGAGAAGGCGCUAGAAUGGUACGAGAACUAUUUGAAAUGGCUAGGAGUAAAAAGGCUUGUUUGAUUUUCUUUGAUGAAAUAGACGCUAUUGGUGGUGCGCGAUUUGAUGAUGGAGCAGGUGGAGACAAUGAAGUGCAAAGAACGAUGCUGGAGCUUAUCAAUCAACUUGAUGGAUUUGACCCGAGAGGAAACAUUAAAGUUCUCAUGGCGACAAACAGGCCAGACACACUGGACCCAGCUCUCAUGAGACCCGGUCGUCUGGACCGAAAAGUCGAGUUCGGUCUCCCUGAUCUCGAGGGUCGCACACACAUAUUCAAAAUUCACGCCCGGCCCAUGAGCAUCGAGCGAGACAUUAGAUUCGAAUUGUUGGCUCGACUGUGUCCAAACAGCACUGGCGCCGAGAUUCACUCGGUCUGCACCGAGGCGGGUAUGUUUGCGAUCCGAGCGAGGCGCAAGGUUGCCACGGAAAAGGAUUUCCUCGAGGCCGUUACCAAGGUCAUCAAGUCAUACGCCAAGUUCUCCGCCACGCCGAAAUAUAUGGCUUACAAUUAAGUCUUUUACAUUUUCUUUUAUACGCGCGUCGGAGCUUUUGUCCAUAAGCCUUUAUUGAAUUAUUGAAUUACAUAAACUUUAACACAAUAUUACGUUUAACGGAAAAAUACAAAAAACAGUUUUUCAAUCAUUAA